AUGGCCCGGCCGCCUGGGUCCCUCCCGGCCGCUGGGUCCGCCCGGCCGCGGCACCCCGGCGUGGGGCCCCCCCGCUCCCACUCGAGGCGCUGCCGCCGCUCCCUGUUUGCUGAGCACACACGGGCGGCAGGUGGGGGCGGGCCCCGCGGGGGGAGGGUCCGCCAGCCCCGGCGCCCGGGUCCUCGGCGGCGGCCAGAUGCCCCCUGCGUGGCGCGGCGUGUGGCGUGGGGGGGGGGGCCGUGGUCCCGGCCUUCCUCCCCCCCCCUCCUCCUCCUCGCCCCGCUCCUGGUGGUCUCGGGGGGCUCCUACCGGCCCGUCGUCAUCGUCCACGGCCUCUUCGACAGCCCCAGCGACUUCCGACACCUCCGCGCCUUCAUCAACGAGAGCCACCCAGGGACGGAGGUGACGGUCCUGGACCUCUUCGACCGGGGGGCGUCGCUGCGGCCGCUGUGGGUGCAGGUCGAGGGGUUCCGGCACGCCCUCGCCCCCAUCAUGGCCAACGCCGCCGACGGCAUCCACCUGCUGGGAUACAGCCAGGGGGGUCUCAUCUGCCGGGCGCUGCUGGCCACGAUGCCCGACCACAACGUCCACAGCUUCAUCUCGCUGGCGGCCCCCCAGAUGGGGCAGUACGGGGACACCGACUACCUGAAGUGGCUCUUCCCCCGGCACAUGAAGUCCAACCUCUACCGGCUCUGCUACACCCCCCUGGGCCAGGGGGUCUCCAUCUGCAACUACUGGAACGACCCCCACCACCGCGAGCUCUACCUGAACAGCAGCGACUUCCUCGCCCUCCUCAACGACGAGCGGCUGCACCCCAACGCCUCUGACUGGAAGCGGAACCUGCUGCGGAUCCAGAGCCUGGUGCUGAUCGGGGGCCCCGACGACGGCGUCAUCACGCCCUGGCAGUCCAGCCUUUUCGGUUUCUACGACGCCAACGAGACGGUGCAGGAGAUGCACGCCCAGGCGGUUUACCUGCAGGACGCGUUUGGGCUGAAGACGCUGGAGGCGCGGGGGGCGCUGGGGGGCUGCGUGGUGCCGGGCGUGGGGCACACGGCCUGGCACUCCCACCGGCCCGUCUACGAGCGCUGCAUCCGCCCCUGGCUCACGUAGCCGGGGGGCCGGGGGGCCGGAUGGGUGGCUGUGGGGCUGGGUAGGGGGCUAUGGGGC